GUAAGGAUGUGCUUCGAGGGGCGGAGCCGUCAGGGAGGUUCUGCACAGCAUCGGGCACCUGCAGAAGAUGCCGCCGUCUCCAGACUACGAUUCCCAGAAGGCCUUGCCCGUCCCAGGGGCUUUUUCCAAGGCCCAGGUUGGAGGAGGCGAGCCUCCUUGGCACGUCACUUCCGUUCCAUCCUGUGGCGUGCUUCUUGCUGCCCGUUUCUCCUUCUCUGUCCUCAGACGACUUGCGAGGGGCCGAGCGGCAACCAAAAGCGGGGCCGGGCCUAGCCAGCAGCCAGAACCCCUCCCUCUCGUGGACUCUGCCCUGCCCCAGGAGGUGGGAGCCCCGAGGAAGAGAACAUGGAGUCUUUCCCCCCGACAGAUCGUCCCUGCAAGACUAGAACCUGCCUCUCACUGCGUAUGGCCAGAGCUGCACAGAAUACCCCAAAGACUGGAAUCAGUGACAUUUCAGGAUGUGGCUGUGGAAUUCACCCAGGAGGAGUGGGCACAUUUGAACCUAUCUCAGAAAACCCUGUACAGAGAAGUGAUGCUGGAGAACUAUAGGAACUUGGUCUCUUUAGGAUUUGCAGUUUCCAAACCAGGUGUGAUCUGCCGAUUGGAAAAAAAGGAAGCCUCUUGGAUGCCAGAGCCAGAUAUUCCAAGAAGCAGCUGUCCAGACAUUAAAGAAUUUCCUGGAGAAAAACCUUAUGAAUGUAGUGAAUGUGGAAAGGCCUUCAGGAGUAAGACACAGUUUAGUGUGCAUCAAAGAAUUCAUACUGGAGAGAUUUUCUAUGAUUGUAAGGAGUGUGGAAAGGCUUGCCACUGCAACUCGGAACUUAUUCGACAUCAAAGAAUGCAUACUGGAGAGAAACCUUAUGAAUGUUCUGUAUGUGGUAAGGCCUUUAGCAUGAAUGCAAAUCUUGCUGUGCAUCAGAGAAUUCAUACUGGAGAGAAACCUUAUGAAUGUAGUGAAUGUGGGAAAGCCUUUAGACAGAGAACACACCUUUCUGUCCAUCAGAGAAUUCAUACUGGUGAGAUUCCUUACGAAUGUAGUGAAUGUGGAAAGGCCUUCAGGAGGAAGACACAACUUACUGUGCACCAGAGAAUUCAUCCUGGAGAGAUUCUUUAUGAAUGUAAGGAGUGUGGAAAGACUUUCCUCUGCAAGUCAGAUCUUAUCAAACAUCAGCGAAUUCAUAUUGCCGAGAAACUUUAUGAAUGUAGUGAAUGUGGGAAGGCCUUCAGGAGUAAGAUGCAACUUACUGUGCAUCAGAGAAUUCAUCCUGUAGAGAUUCUUUAUGAAUGUAAGGAAUGUGGAAAGGCCUUCCAUAGAAACUCACAUCUUAUUAAACAUGAAAGAAUUCAUACUGGAGAAAAACCUUAUGAAUGUAGUGAAUGUGGAAAGGCCUUCAAGAGGAAGGUGCAUCUUAACCUGCACCAGAGAAUUCAUACUGGGGACAUUCUUUAUCAAUGUAAGGAGUGUGGGAAGGCUUUCCUUUAUAAAUCAGAUCUUAUUCGACAUCAAGGAAUUCAUACUGUAGAGAAACCUUUUGAUUGUACUGUAUGUGCAAAGGCUUUUAGGAGUAAGACACAACUUACUGUCCAUCAGAGAAUUCAUACUGGAGAAAAACCUUACGAAUGUAGUGAAUGUGGGAAGUUCUUUAGACAGAGGACACACCUAUAUAUGCAUCAGAGACUUCAUACCAGGGACAUUCUUUAUGAGUGUAAGGAGUGUGGAAAAGCUUUCCCCUACCACUCAGAUCUUAUUCAACACCAGAGAAUUCACACUGGAGAGAAACCAUAUAAAUGUACUGUAUGUGUGAAGGCCUUCAGGAGUAGGACACAACUUACUGUACACGAGAGAAUUCAUACUGGAGAGAAACCUUAUGAAUGUAGUGAAUGUGGGAAGUUCUUUAGACAGAGGACACACCUUUAUAUCCAUCAGAGAAUUCAUAAUGGAGAGAUUCUUUAUGAAUGUAAGGAGUGUGGGAAGGCUUUUCCCUACAACUCAGAACUUAUCCGACAUCAAAGAAUUCAUACUGGAGGGAAACCUUAUGAGUGUACUGUAUGAAGGAUGGCCUUUUGCUUGAAUGUAGAAUUUAACUCAGUAUCAGAGCAUUUAUUCUGGAGAGAAAUCUUACGAGUGUAAUGCAUGAUGGAAGGCCUUUAACCUGAGGACUCUGCCUUAUUUCCAUCAGAGAAUUCACACUAGAGAGAUUAUGAAUGUAGGAGUGUGGGAAGAUCCCCUAGCCAAGUAGACUAUGAUUCUGAGUCCCUAGAUGAAGUUCAGAGAGUCCUUAUUUAGCCACAAUGGGAGAAAGAGUUUACCCCUUAUUUCUGCAGAGAACGCUAAGGGGACAAAGGUUAAUGUUAUCCUUCCAUGGGCUUUCAGGGAACAAGAGGUUAUGCUGGCUAGGUAGAGGACACUAAGUGGCUGGUGGUAUUGGGAAAGCUUUAGCAUUAACAUUGAUCCCUGGACAUAUGACAUGCAAGACAUAAAUUACCUCUUGGGAAUCAGGUGAGCCUGAUGUGUGCUACAUAACUGUUGACUGUGCUUGAGGAGAUAAGAUCUGAGCUAUGUUCCUGAUUUUCUUGGUGCUACUUCUGCUCAAAUUCAUCAGGAUAGCCACUGUGAGCCAUAAAGAUUUGGAAUCUCAUUAAUUAAAGCAUUGCAAGGGUCUGUGGCAGAGGUUGAUGGAAUAUGACUUCUGCCCAGUGCUUUCAAUGUCAAAUGAAGAAAUUCAGUUAAGUGCAGGUAAAUGGUAUGAAUAACCAUGACUAUCUUAAGGUAGUCAAAUGUCUUGUCUAGUUUGCUAUUGUUUAUUCAUUUUUCACUGUGGCCAACUCUUUGUGACCCCCUUUUGGUAUUUUCUUGGCAGUGAUGCUGGGGUGGUUUGCCAUUUCCUUCUUUAGUUCAUUUCCCAGAUGUGGAACUGAGUUAAGCAGGGUUAAAUGAUUUGACCCAGUUACACAGCUAAUAAAUGUCUGAGGCUGGAUUUGAAGUCAUUUCUUCUUGACUCCAGGGCUGGCACUCUAUCCACUGUGCAACUUAGCUUUCCAUAUUAUCUAAUUAGUGACACAUAUGAAAAGAUGGUUGAGAUUCUCAUUGUGGUCAAGGGAUGUGAACAGGAAGUUUUCAGAAGAAGAAAUUAAAGGUAUCAAUUGUCAUAUAAAAAUGCUCUAAAUCACUAUUGAUUAGAAGAAUACAAAUGAAAAUAAUUCUGAGAUCCCACCUCAUAAUUUAAUGGAGGAGAUAUAAAAAAAAUAGAGACACUAGUGCAGUUUAUAACUUGUUCAACUAUUCCAGAGAACAAUUUGAAACUAUGCCCAAAGAGCUAUAAAACCAUGCCUCUUCUUUGAUCCAGUAAUACCCCUACUAGCUCUGUAUCCCAAAGAGCUCAAAGAAAAAGGAAAAGGACCUAUAUGUACACAAAUCUUUAUAGAAGCUCUUCUUGUGAUGGAAAAGAAUUAAUUAAAAGUUGAGGGUAUAUACAUCAAAAGGGGAGUGGCUAAACAAAUUGUGACAUAUGAUUCUGAUGGAAUAUUGUUACACUAUAAGAAACAUUAGAUGCCUCGCAGGAUAGUUCACUGAGUGUGGAGUUAGGAAGAUCUAAGUUCAAAUCUGGCUUCAGUCACUUAUUAGCUGUGUGUCCCUCAGCAAAUCACUUAACCUCUGUUUGCCUCAAUCCACUGAAAAAGGAAAUGAGUAAACCAGGCCAGUGUCUUUCCCAAGAAAACCACAUAGUGGUGCCAUGGCCAGUGACACACAACUGAAUUACUGAACAACAUAAGAAAUCAUGAGGGGGGAUAAUCGGUCAGAAAAACCUGGGAAGACCUACAUGAAUGGAUGUAGAGGGAAGUGAGGAGAGCCUAGAUGUUGAUCAACUGUGAAUGACUUUACUACUCUGAUAAAGAUAAUGUUCUAAGACAAUUCCAAAGGACUCAUGAUGAAAACUGCUUUCCACCUCCAGAAAGAGAAUUGAUGAACU